GGAAACAUCAAAUGUCAUUGUUAUCACUUGAAUUGUAGCUGGAAGUUGUAAUGAAAAUACAAGGUUAAUGUGAAAAAAUAGACUGAUACCUCUAUAAAACGAAGUGUUGUGAUCAAAUGUGAUUUAUAGUAUAACAUUGCGUCUAUCUAUAAUUAUAAUAUAGAUUAGAAGCGGUAAGCGUUUUAUAGAAAUGUCGCAAAUUAGUAGCCCAAUAGCAAAUGGUGAAAGAACCAGUAUUCAUGAUAUGUUAAAAGAUACGCCACCAAAUGAGAACAAAACAAAUACAUUGCCAUCAUCUUCAAGUAACUCUAAUUUACCUCGAUCUGCCCCAACGAGCUUAUCUACUGGUAGCAAUCCUCCAUCAGUACUCAAUUCUCCUAUAUCAAAUGAUGAUUCAACUUUGUUCAGAAACAAUUCAUCACGAAUAGAAAACCUGAAAAACUGGUCCAUAUCUACUUACAAAUGUACAAAACAGAUCAUGUUUGAAAAAUUAGGAAAAUCUUCUAGAACAGUUGAUGCAGAAUUGGAAAAUCGAAUAGAACAAUUGAAAGACACUCAGAAAAAAUAUAUUAAUAUUCUUCGAUUAACAAGAAUAUUAACUAACCAUUUUUAUCAUGUUGUGCAGACUCAGCAUGCCUUGGGUGAAGCAUUUUCUGAUCUUGCUCAGAAGUCCCCAGAGCUUCAAGAAGAAUUUUUAUAUAACUGUGAAACUCAAAGGAAUCUCACAAAAAAUGGUGAAACUCUCCUAGGUGCUCUCAAUUUUUUUAUAUCUUCAGUAAACACAUUAUGUAACAAAACUAUUGAAGAUACCCUUCAAAGUAUAAGACAAUAUGAAGCUUCAAGAAUUGAAUAUGAUGCUUAUCGCACAGAUUUAGAAUCUCUUUCCACUAAACCAGAUGGAACAAUAGGACUGGAAGAGGCUCAACAAAAUUAUGAAGUACAUAGACAACAGUUCAUGAAACUCAGAGCCGAAGUUACAAUUAAACUGAAAUUUUUGGAUGAGAAUAGAAUUAAAGUGAUGCACAAGCAGUUGCUACUUUUCCACAAUGCCAUCUCAGCAUAUUUUUCUGGAAACCAGCAAGCCUUGGAAGCGACAUUGAAACAGUUCAAUAUCAAAGUUAAGACUCCUAACUCGACAUUUCCUUCAUGGUUAGAACAGUAGAUUCAUUUUAAUAACAGAAACAAUAGGCGUAACCUCAGUGGUUUUGAAUAUUUCACUCAUAAUUAUUUAAUCAAAUUACUGACAAUGCUUUUUUACUAAAGAACCCUUUUGUAGGUAAAGUAUAACAUAGAAAUUAUGUAAUAUUGAAAAACUUCAUUAUAUAAAAGACUGAGGUAUUGAGGUAUAGCUAGUGAAUGUGUAAGAAUAUGCAGAAUUUCAGACAAAUGCCAUUUUUGUCUAUCAAGCAGUGGACAUUGUACUUGCUAUAUACAUUGGAUUAAAGAAGGUUUAAGAGAAGCACUUUUCUUAGACAAUUGUACAUCAUUUACUAUACUUUCAUAUGAUUCUCUACUGGGUUUAAAUGCUUUCCUCCCAAUAAUCAUUCUGAAUUAUAUAUACAAUAGUUAAUACAGAAAAUUUGAAAAUAAAAAACUUUCAGAUUCAUUAAAUAAUGAAAAAAUCGCAGCAAUAAUAUUUAAAUAAAAAUGUAUCCCAAACAACUGGGAUGCAUUUUUAAUCUAUCACUUUUCCUUACUUGAUUAAUUGAUAUUUCACUUUGUAUGCAAUUCAUUUUUUCAACAUUAUUAAAUAUGAAAUGCAGAUUUCUAACAACAUUCAAUAUUUAGAUAGCAGCGUCAGUAAUAUCUAUAGGUUGAAAAAUGUUAUAGAAAGAAGUGCUUGUGUGAUCUACAAAAUUAUUAAUGAGGAUUAUUUUAUUAUUUUAUAUAUGUAUACAUACACUUCCUGGGCCGGUAUUCUUAAGUCUGUGACAAGCUAGCAAUCACCAAAAGGAGUGAUUUAAUAGGUAGCGAUAUGGAAUCUUUAUAUUCUCAUGUGCCCAUCUGCUCGCAAAUUUGUAACAUGAGCGACUAGUUACGGCAACACCGGAUAUAAGCGUAUUUUGUCAAAAUAGUUUCUAGUUCGGUACUUGUGCUGCCAAUUAAACGCAAUUCUAAUCUAAAACCAUUUUUUAUAGUAGCAGUUUUUGAGCUAUGAAAUAGAGCAACAUGAGUGCAGUCAAUUCAUCUAAUUAUCCCAGAUACAUGUCUAUUGAAUACCUCAAUAAUUUUGUGAAAGCAUCAACUCACUGAUGAUUGGGAGAGACCCAAACAAUAAUUAUUACCUACAUCUUGCUGGUAGUUAUUAGUACCAAAAAACUUCAAUGCUGCCAAUAACUAAAUGAAAUCACUUCAUUUUAACAUUUAUAAAGCAUUAACAACUUUUAAUGGUAUAUCAAUAUUGUGUUAAAUACCUAGCAGCUACAUAUUGGUAAUAAGUUUAUAUAAAUUAAAACCAAAUAAAAUGUAAAACAGUUCUUACUAUUGUAGUUUUUACAGGUCCGUCCAGAUAUAUUCUUAUUGUAUCAAAACAUUUGAAAGUUUCAGUUAGCCAAAAUAUUUUUUUUAAAUUGGUCAUCACUGAGUUGUAUUGGUAGAAGGUCUCUUAAAACAAUUCAAUGGGGCUCUGCAACAAUUUCUUCAGCUUCUUUUAGUUCUUAGUCCAAUAUACAUUACUACAAUUCCUUAUAUAACUCCAAUUAUAAAUGAUUUAUAUACAAUUAUAACAUUAUUAGGAUACAUAAAAAUGAUAAAUUAGAAUUUUCUAUUCACAUGCGAAUGAGAGUGAAAUAAAGCUCUUCUCUUUGGGGAGAGCGUUCCUAUUGCGAGGAGAGGGCAAGAGAAUCGAAACAACAAUAAAUUUUGAUCCCCUUUCAUUCAACGACAUCAAUAUCGCUACAAGUGAGGACCCGAGAAUACCGGCCCUGACGAAUUUACCAUAAAACAAUGGAAUAUUGCUAUUAAUAUGAACAAAAAAUUACUGUGAAGAUGGAAUUAAAAUAUACAUAGAAAUAUAUUUUUUAACUUCAACUAUUAUUGUGGGAAAUACAUUGAUUUAACCAAAAAAUGACAAAAAGGAAUUUGGAACAAAAAUUAAAAAGCAAUGGGAUGUUUUAUUUUAAUUGCGCAUUUUCCUUGUUCUGGUAUCAAUUAGAGCUUAAGAUCUUGAUGUUCAUAGAAUUUCAUUUCUACUUUCAUUUUAUUGGAAACGAAUUCCAUAUUGCGAUCUAAAAGAUAGGUCUUGUAAAUUUUAUGGCGGAUUUAAUAAAGCCAUGAGACUAUCAAUUAUAUCCCAAAAAGGAUCUAUUACAUUGAGAUCGGAGCCGAUUUCAAUAUCUUGAGGUAAUUUUUAACACAAAAAAAUUUUCUCGCAUUGAAAAUGAUAGAUACAACUGGUUCUAAUACAUCAACAAUAUACUAAAUCCCUUCACCAUGACCAUAUCACCAAAUAAACCUUAAUUCCUUAAAUUCAUUGAAGCUUUAGUUAAAUAAAUUAUUUUUUUGAGAGUGUAUUUUAUGUAAAUUGAUUAUUAAUUUGUAAAAUUUGUAUUAUAAUGAGUUCAUACAGAACAUAUCCAACUGAAAUAUGGAAAUCAUUUGCUGUUUAACUUUCUCUUGUUACAAUGAAUGUAAUAUAAAGACUCAACAAGAAAAUUUGGAACCUACAUACUUGGGACUUUUUGGGUUUAUUACCGAUUCAUUAUGUUUGUUCAUUAUUUAGAAUUAAGACACCUCACAAAUUUUUGACCAUUCAUAUCUAUAGAACCAAAUUUAACCACAUAUUUUUGUUUGAUGAAAGUAAUUAUAGUUUUGAAAAGACCAUAUGUUUUAUUUGAACUUGUUGAGUUAGGACUUACGGCGAAUAGAACAAAAUAUCACUCUAUUUGUAAUUAAAUUUAAUGUAAGAAAAUAACAAACCCAAAAAUGUAUAAGCUAAAACUCGCCCACAAAGGUUGUUUUUAAACUACGUAAUCAAAAAAUAAUGAUAUUGAGCAACACGGAACGAGGAUUUUAGAUUAAAAUUAAUUUCUUAAAUGUAGCACAGCCUUAAAAAUAGGAAAGUACGACUUCAAAUAAAGAUAAGUUUUUCUUUGCCUCAACCUUUGGCUUUUUAGGCCGGGAUCAGAACCAAAUUAAUCAUUUUUUCUUCCUCUUUUUUUAUAAUCACCUCUGGAAGUCUUCACUAUUAUAUGAGGUAUUCACUUGAAAGGAAAAAGGUUUUUCCUUCUCGUAUCUUACAACUUUUAUAUUUAAAAAUAAAACUUGUAUUCCUUUUAUGCUGAUCUGCGUCUGAAGAUUUAUUUUAUUAUAAAAACAGUGUGCGUUAUGGCACUACAGCUUUGAUUUUUUAUUUUUGUUCAUGGUUCAUACAGUAACUCAUUGUAAUUGUGACACUUAGCGCCUCACGCCGAAUCUGUUAGUACUAAUGACAUGGCACUAUUAAAUCCUGUAGACAUCAUUAAAAUACACAAUGUACGGAAAACGUCAAUUUUAAAUUUUUUUAGGUUAUGGCACUAUUGAAGUAGGAGUGCGAUAUUAUAAUAAAUAUUUGUAAAUUUGAAAGUAUUCCACAUAGUUAAAAAGUCCAAUUGUGGAAGUUUUCACUUUAAAUUGAUGAACCUCAAUCAAGUUUUUUUAAGAAAUGCUAAUUAUUAAAUAUAAAAUUGCGAUCAUAAGCAUAAUGCCUUGUGAGAGUACCUAUUAAUAUACUGUGGUUAUAAUAAUGUGUGAGAAAUAUUAGAUCAUAAGUGGUUAAAUUCGUUCUACAAUUUUACAAAGAAAAAAUUGUUGCUCUGCUAUAUACAUUGAUUUUUUUUUGUUUCCUUUUAAGAAUAAGAUAUAUUUUUUCUUGCCAAGAAUCACCAUACGAUGGUCUCCAAUACCUGAUACAAGGAUCAUCCAAUAGUAUCAAAUUAUUCCUUUCCUGUUAAUGUAUCCGCACUUUAAUUAUUCUUGUAUAAACAUGUGAUGACAUCUAUUUCGUAACUUCAUUCUUCACAAUGUGUGUGCAAUUAUUUAUUAGCUGCCAUAAGGAAAAAGUUUUACAUUAAGAAAAUAAAAAUAGAAAUUCCACUCUCUUCAUUUUUAUUUGAAUCAGUUCAUAGCUUUUUUAUAAUUGAAACAAAUUUAGAGAUAGUGGACAUUUUUCAUUCUUAAAGUUUUAAAUAUGAACAUUAUGAAAAUAAGUAGUUAUGUAAAAUAUGUAUCUGUUAACACUUAGUAAACUAAUAUACUGUUUUAGUUUCUUUCAAAAAACCUUUGGUUACGCCAUUGUAAAACCAUAUAAGCAUUAACUAUCUAGUCAUUAAAAUUAACGUUAAUGUUUAAUAAUUUUAUGUUAAAAUAUCCACCAGCAAUGUAAAAUGUUUUUUAUAAUAUAUAAUUUGCAAUUUUUCGUUGUCUUAAUUCAUUAUUCAAAUUUGAAAUCAGUGGAUAAUAGAAAAUAUACAAAUUUAGAAUGAUAAUGGGUAGAAGCACAGCUGUUAGGUAAUUGGAGGAAACGGGUACUAAAUAGGGUAAACGAAGACUACAUGCUCAGAUAUCAGAAAUAAACAAUGAUAUAUGAAACUAAAUAAGUACUUGUGUCAUUAUAGUAUAUAGUUCGAAUAUUUCCCAGUUUUCUUUAUUUGGGAAGAAGA